AAUUCCAGUUCAGCAUUGCUGCUAGACCAACUUCUUGCACCACUUAGACUGGAAAUCUUCACUCAUUCUAGAAAUCUAGCUCUUAUCACAUUCAUUGUUCAUGUACUUGAGAUCCGUGCGUCCACUCCUUCAAACGCCCUCAUUCUUGCCCUGAAGGUACACAGCAAGCUAUUCAGCUUCUCCUACAUCUCCUGCCGCAAACCCCAACAUUUCAACACUCGCCGCCCACAAUGUUCGACUUCCUCAAGAAAGCUACCCCCUCUCUGCCAGAAACGGUGGCCGAUCUGGAAGCCGUCCAUCCCUUCUAUCCUGUCGGAGUCGAAAUCGCAAACUUCAUCGCCAAUGACAUGACGGUCGGACGACUCCUUGGAAUCUUUGCAACUGGCUGUGCGGGUAUACUUGCAGCGACAUGGUUCCUCACGUCGAAAGUGGCACCUCAAUUGCAGAAGAAGGAUAAGCUAGCAGUCUUGUGGUUCUGCUUGAGUGGAACAAUACACCUCUUCUUCGAAGGCUACUUUUCCUACAAUCAUACGCGCAUGGGUGGUGCCCAGGAUCUAUUUGGGCAGCUGUGGAAGGAAUAUGCCAUGUCCGAUUCGAGAUACUUGACGUCCGAUCCUUUCGUCCUUUGCAUGGAGACCGUUACAGCAGUUCUUUGGGGUCCCCUCUCCUUCCUAAUGAUCUACUAUAUCAUCACUAUGCAUCCUCUAAGAUACCCUCUGCAAGCGGUCGUAUCGUUGGGCCAGAUCUAUGGGGAUGUCUUGUACUAUGCUACAAGCAUGUUUGAUCACUAUCACAAGAGCUUGACAUAUUGUCGGCCGGAGGCAUACUACUUUUGGUUCUAUUUCUUCUUCAUGAACUUCAUCUGGAUCGUCAUACCCGGAAUCCUCCUAAAAGACAGCUUCUCGACUACGGCGAAGGCGUUCAAGGCAUUGGAUCGACUGUCAGUCUCACUGCAAGGAAAUGGAGCGGCCCCCAAACCCAAAGCAAACGGACACAUCAAACGUGCUUAAAGGGUACACAGAACCAGAGACAGUACUGCAGCUGGUGUCACGUCGCGAGAAGGGCUGUGAGCGUGUUCCGCGAGUGCAUGGCUGUACAAGGCGCGUGUUUCGCGCAGCAAUAGUAUGCAAGCUAUAUGAAACGUGCCGAAAAUAAAAUAACGUGGUUUCUGUGACAAGUGUCGUCCAAGAAGUCCUAAGUGACAUUCAUCUCCCAGUGAUCUUGAAGGCCUUGUAUAGUGUACUAGGUAGUAGGUGAAAUGAGCUUCCAAGAUCGCCAAUCUCGUCUGGCAGGAUAUCGGAUAGCCAAGUCCUG